AUGGCGACAGCUGCGACAGAAUCCGGCAAACGAACGUCGGCAGCUUGCCGGAACACACAGCGCGACGCUCAGCCGCAAAGCACCAUGUGGGUGCUGCCAAUUGUGCCCUUCCAAGCAGGAGGGGCUGCGCCCUUCGACCUCGACGAGGCACUCUCCCUCCCUUACUGCGGGGCCCCGGAGACGGAGUCAGGUCUCUCGCCGCCGCAACCGUCGCCGGAGAAGUCAGUCUCGCUCAUGCACACCGUCUGCUCCACCGGCGUCUGCGCCGUGUGCAUGGAGGAGUUUGCCGUUGGCUCGUGCGGCAAAAUGAUGCCCUGCUCGCACGUGUACCACGAGGAGUGCAUCGCCGCCUGGCUUGCCGGCGGCGGAUCGUGCCCUCUCUGCCGGUGCAGAGUCAAGCCGGAGUGA